AUUAUAUUUUUUAUUCAGGAAUUUUGGAAAAAGUUCAUCAUUGCCAGUGCGUCGGUGCAGUUGAAAACGUCGGUGCGUAGUGCUGCGGAGCUGUCACCAUGUCACACUUCAGGGAUCUGAAAGAGUUCGGAGAGGCUGCCCCUUUCCUCCGCAAGACAGAGCUGGAACUCUUGGCUGCUCAGACCCUGGCGUUCGACGGUAAGAAGAGAGUGUGGGUCCCGGAUGAGAAGCAAGCUUACAUCGACGUGGAAAUAAAAGAAAUCACAGAUGGCAAAAUCACUGCGGAGACAAGGGAUGGAAAGACCCUGAUUGUGAAGGAGGAUGACAUCCAACAGAUGAACCCUCCAAAAUUUGACAUGAUUGAGGACAUGGCUAUGCUCACCAACCUGAACGAGGCCUCUGUGCUGUUUAACCUGCAACGGCGUUACAGCAGCUGGAUGAUAUAUACCUAUUCCGGGCUGUUCUGUGUCACGGUGAACCCUUAUAAGUGGCUGCCCAUCUACACUGCUCCUUUGGUUGCUGCCUACAAAGGCAAGCGGCGCUCAGAGGCUCCUCCCCACAUCUUCUCCAUCGCUGACAACGCCUACAAUGACAUGUUGCGCAAUCGUGAGAACCAAUCAAUGCUCAUUACCGGAGAAUCCGGUGCUGGCAAAACUGUCAACACGAAACGUGUAAUUCAGUAUUUUGCCAUUGUAGCAGCCCUGGGGGAAGCUGUCAACAAAACAGGAGGACCUACCACUAAAACAGGGGGAACCCUUGAAGACCAGAUAAUUGAGGCUAACCCAGCUAUGGAGGCUUUCGGCAAUGCCAAAACACUGAGGAACGACAACUCCUCCCGAUUUGGCAAGUUUAUCAGGAUCCAUUUUGGACCCACGGGCAAAGUGGCUUCUGCUGACAUCGACAUCUAUCUUCUAGAAAAAUCCAGAGUGAUCUUUCAGCAACCUGGGGAAAGAAGCUACCACAUCUAUUAUCAGAUCAUGUCCCAGAAGAAGCCAGAGCUUAUAGACAUGCUGCUGGUCUCAUCAAAUCCUUACGACUUCCACUUGUGCUCCCAGGGAGUGACCACAGUGGACAACAUGGACGACGGGCAGGAACUUUUAGCCACAGACCAUGCCAUGGACACCCUGGGCUUCAGUGCAGAGGAAAAGUAUGGCUGCUAUAAAAUAGUCGGUGGCAUCAUGCACUUUGGAAACAUGAAGUUCAAGCAGAGGCAGCGUGAGGAGCAGGCGGAGACUGACGGCACAGAGAGUGCUGACAAAGCUUCCUACUUGAUGGGGAUCAGUUCAGCGGACCUGAUUAAGGGGCUCCUGCACCCCCGUGUCAAGGUGGGAAAUGAGUACAUUGUCAAGGGACAGACCGUGGCGCAGGUGAACUAUGCUGUGGGUGCUCUGGCCAAAGCCACAUAUGACCGCAUGUUCAAUUGGCUAGUGGGCCGCAUUAACAGGACGCUGUACACUGCACUGCCGCGCCAGUACUUCAUCGGAGUCCUGGACAUUGCAGGGUUCGAGAUUUUCGAAUUCAACAACUUUGAGCAGUUGUGUAUCAACUUCACCAAUGAAAAACUGCAGCAGUUUUUCAACCACCACAUGUUCAUCCUGGAACAAGAGGAGUACAGGCGAGAGGGCAUUGAAUGGACUUUCAUUGACUUUGGCCUGGACUUGCAGGCCUGCAUCGACCUUAUUGAGAAGCCGAUGGGAAUCCUGUCUAUUAUGGAGGAAGAAUGUAUGUUUCCCAAGGCAACCGACAGCAGCUUCAAGGCAAAGCUUUAUGACAAUCACCACGGGAAGUCGGCCAUCUUCCAAAAGCCUCGGCCUGACAAGAAGCGCAAGUUCGAGGCCCACUUUGAGCUGGUGCACUAUGCUGGUGUGGUACCAUAUAACAUCUGUGGCUGGCUAGACAAAAAUAAAGACCCUCUGAAUGAGACAGUGGUGGGCUGUUUCCAGAAGUCAGCUAACAAGCUGUUGGCCUCCCUGUUUGAGAACUAUGUCAGUGCUGACACAGAGCCCAAGCCAGGAACCAAGGAGAAGAGGAGAAAAGCAGCAUCCUUCCAGACUGUGUCUCAGCUGCACAAGGAAAAUCUGAACAAGCUGAUGACAAACCUGCGCAGUACCCAGCCCCACUUUGUGCGCUGCAUCAUUCCAAAUGAGGCCAAGACUCCAGGGACUAUGGACCCUUUCCUGGUGCUACACCAGCUGCGCUGUAACGGUGUGCUGGAGGGAAUUCGCAUCUGCAGAAAGGGCUUUCCCAACCGUAUCCUCUAUGCAGACUUAAAAAAGCGCUACCGACUUCUGAAUCCCCAUGCCAUUCCGGAUGAUAAGUUUGUGGACAGCAGGAAAGCAGCAGAGAAGCUUCUGGGCUCCCUGGAUAUUGAUCACGGCCAGUACAAGUUUGGGCAUACCAAGGUCUUCUUUAAGGCUGGGCUGCUGGGCCAUCUGGAGGAGAUGCGAGAUGAGCGACUGGCUAAGAUCGUCACCAUGCUGCAGGCCAUUUGCCGUGGAAAGAUCAUGAGGACGGAACGCCAGAUGCUGCUGGAGAGAAAGGAGGCCCUCAUGGUGAUCCAAUGGAACAUCCGUGCCUUCAAUGCAGUAAAGAACUGGCCCUGGAUGAGGCUCUUCUUCAAGAUCAAGCCUCUCCUGAAGAGUGCUGCCACUGAAAAGGAGCUGGCUAGCCUGAGGGAGGAGUUCCUCAAGCUGAAGGAGGCCCUGGAAAGGUCUGAGACCAAACGCAAGGACCUGGAAGAGAAGCAGGUCACCCUGACUCAAGAAAAGAAUGACCUCUCUCUACAGCUCCAGGCCGAACAGGACAAUUUGGCAGAUGCAGAGGACCGCUGCGACCUGUUGAUCAAGACUAAGAUCCAACUGGAGGCUAAGAUGAAGGAAAUGACAGAGCAACUUGAGGACGAGGAGGAGGUAAAUGCCAGUAUCGUCGCCAAGAAACGCAAGCUGGAGGAUGAGUGCGCUGAGCUGAAGAAGGACAUUGAUGACCUUGAGAUCACCCUGGCCAAGGUGGAGAAAGAUAAACAUUCCAUUGAGAAUAAGGUGAAGAACAUGAUCGAAGAGAUGGCAGCUCUGGAUGAGUCCAUUCUGAAGCUGACCAAAGAGAAGAAGGCCCUUCAGGAGGUGCACCAGCAGACCCUGGAUGACCUGCAGGCCGAAGAGGACAAAGUCAACAUGCUGACCAAGGCGAAGGCCAAGCUGGAACAGCAAGUGGAUGAUCUGGAGGGUUCUUUGGAGCAGGAGAAGAAGGUGCGUAUGGACCUGGAGCGAGCCAAACGCAAGCUGGAAGGGGAUCUCAAGAUCUCCCAUGAGUCUGUCAUGGACCUGGAGAAUGACAAGCAGCAGCUUGAGGAGAAGCUAAAAAAGAAAGACCUUGAAGUGAAUCAGGUGAACUCCCAAAUGGAAGAUGAACAAGCUUUGGGGAUUCAGCUACAUAAGAAAAUUAAGGAAUUACAGGCACGUAUAGAAGAGCUGGAGGAAGAACUGGAGGCGGAGCGGGCAUGCCGGGCAAAGGCAGAGAAGCAGCUGUGUGACAUCACGAGGGAGCUGGAGGAGCUGACCGAGCGCCUCGAAGAUGCGGGUGGGGCCACCUCCCUCCAGAUCGAGAUGAACAAGAAGAGGGAGGCGGACUUCCUGAAGCUGCGGCGGGACCUGGAGGAGGCCAUGUUCCACCAUGAGGCCACAGCUGCUGUCCUGAGGAGGAAGCACGCUGACAGCGUUGCCGAGCUGGGAGAGCAGAUUGACAACCUGCAGAGGGUCAAGCAGAAGCUGGAGAAGGAGAAGUGUGAGGCCAAAAUGGAGGCAGAUGAUCUGGCUUCCAACCUGGAGCACAUCUCUAAGGGCAAGGCUACAGUUGAGAAGAUGUGCAGGGCAUAUGAGGAUCAACUGAGCGAGAGCAGGGCUAAAGUAGAGGAGCUCCAGAAACAUCUCAAUGAUGCCACCUCACAGCGAGCCCGGGCCCAGAGUGAGAGUGCUGAACUGAGCAGGAGGCUAGAAGAACGUGAGACACUGGUGACUCAGCUCCAACGCACCAAGAAUUCAUUUUGCCAGAAUGCAGAGGAGCUCAAGAAGCAGCUGGAAGAGGAGAACAAGGCAAAGAAUGCCCUAGCCCAUGCCCUGCAGUCCUCCAGACAUGACUGUGACCUGCUGAGGGAGCAGUAUGAGGAGGAGCAGGAAGCCAAGUCAGAGCUCCAGCGUGCCCUGUCCAAGGCCAAUGCAGAAGUGUCCCAGUGGAGGGCCAAGUAUGAGACCGAUGCCAUCCAGAGGACUGAGGAGCUGGAAGAGGCAAAGAAGAAGUUGGCGACACGUCUGCAGGGUGCAGAGGAAGCUGUAGAGGCCUCGAAUGCCAAGUGUUCCUCACUGGAGAAGAGCAAGUAUCGGCUGCAGACUGAGAUCGAGGACCUGCUGGCGGACUUGGAGCGGUCAAACGCUGCCGCUGCUGCCCUGGACAAGAGGCAGCGGAACUUUGACAAGGUGCUGUCUGAAUGGAAGCAGAAAUAUGAGGGGACCCAGUCAGAGCUAGAGUCCUCACAGAAAGAGUCACGCAGCCUGAGCACAGAGCUCUUCAAGCUGAAGAAUGCGUACGAGGAGACACUUGACCACCUGGAGACUGCCAAACGGGAGAACAAGAACCUCCAGGAGGAGAUUGCUGAUCUGUUAGAUCAGGUCAGCGAAGGCAGGAAGACUGUCCAUGAGCUUGAGAAGUUGAAGAAGGCCCUGGAUGCAGAGAAAAGUGAGAUCCAGGCUGCUCUGGAGGAGGUUGAGGGCACACUGGAGCAUGAGGAAAGCAAGACCCUACGUGUCCACCUUGAGCUCACCCAGAUCAAGGCUGAGGUCGACAGGAAGACUGCAGAGAAGGACGAGGAAAUCAAUAACCUCUGCCGGAACCAUCAGCGCAUCGUGGAAUCCAUGCAGACCACCCUGGAUGCAGAAGCAAAGUCCCGCAAUGAGGCCAUAAGGCUGAAGAAGAAGAUGGAGGGUGACAUGAACGAGAUGGAGAUCCAGCUGAACCAUGCCAACCGCCACGCUGUUGAAUCCCAGAAGCUGGUGCAGCACCUGCAGGCUCAGAUCAAGGAACUGCACAUAGAGCUGGAUGAGACAGUGCACCAGAACGAGGAGCUCAAGGAGCAGACUGCGGUCACAGAUAGGCGGAACACCUUGCUCUCAUCAGAGGUAGAGGAGCUGCGUAGUGUGCUGGAGCAGACAGAUCGUGGCCGCAAGCUGGCAGAGCACGAGCUGCUGGAGUCCACAGAGAGGGUCAACUUGUUGCAUUCCCAGAACGCAGGGCUGAUAAAUCAGAAGAAGAAGCUUGAGCACGAUCUUUCCAUAUUGGCCAGUGAGGUGGAAGAAGCUUUUCAGGAGUGCCGCAAUGCUGAGGAGAAGGCCAAGAGGGCCAUCACUGAUGCAGCUAUGAUGGCAGAGGAGCUUAAGAAAGAGCAGGACACCAGCACCCACCUCGAGCGCAUGAAGAAGAAUAUGGAUCAGACGAUCAAGGACCUGCAGAUGCGUCUGGAUGAGGCUGAGCAGAUUGCUCUCAAAGGAGGAAAGAAGCAGAUACAGAAACUGGAGAACCGGGUGAGAGAGCUGGAGAAUGAGCUGGAAUGUGAGCAGAAGACCACCAAUGAGCUACAGAAGGGAGUGCGCAAGUACGAGCGGCGUAUCAAAGAGCUCACCUAUCAGGCAGAAGAGGACCGGAAGAACCUGUUACGCUUGCAGGAGCUCAUUAACAAGCUGCAGGCCAAGGUGAAGAGUUACAAGAGGCAGGCUGAGGAAGCAGAGGAGCACGUAAACUCCAACCAGACCAAGAACAGGAAGCUCCAGCACGAGCUUGACGCCGCUGAGGAACGCGCUGACAUGGCAGAGACGCAGGUCAAUAAGCUCCGCGUUCGUACCCGGGACCAGGGGGUGAAGCUUGCAGAAUGAAUGAGAAGAGACUCUGGGGGCCCACACCACAGAUGAUGCGAUCGCCUUGGACAGUAGAUGCAAUAAAGAAAAUUGAACACAAUUCUUUAUUCAUGCCCUGUACAGUACCGACUUUGCAAAUCUACAGUUGAGAUUAAGGGGGCCAAAUUCAUUUUAACACAACUCAUUGACCAAAUAUGCUUGUUUACUUGUUGCUAUUUUAACAUUAAUGUUAAUUCAGUUCCUUUGCAGAAAAGCUUGUGGGUGCAGUGGUUGUGGUACUGGACCACUGGAAAGACAAUUUUACAACAAAAUUACUGAAUAAUAAUUUUAAAAAACUUUACUGCCACUGGUUGAUAUUGUUUUAACUAAAGUCCCAAAGGUUCCUCUUUGAUCUUACUUCAGGGUAGGGCCCAGAAACAAAGAAAAGUGGUGACAGAUGUCCAUGUUCACACAGAGGAACACAAGUCUGGAUUAAAGUUGUGACCAUUUAUUUUUUCAAUUUACAAACAAUAACAGUUAAAUAGUAAAUUAAAUCCAAACCCAAAUACAGAGGGGGAAAAUAACAACAAAAAUUGUGGAUGUGCAUUAAAACAGUUCACUAGCAGGGCGUGGGUGAUUAAGAGUGGUAUUCUGAGUUUGGUAUACACAGACGAGUGUGUGCUGCUCACCAGAAACACACUGGUGCUUGGGAAAACUACUGGCUGGUGAUUACUGCAUAUAUAAGACACUUUUCAGGUGCAGUAGCUAUAUUCUAGUUUGUGCCAUAUUCACAAACUCAAUUAAAAUCACUAAAUCAUAAUCAAUGCACAAUCGGACAUAGCUGUACAAAGGAAAUUGAAAAAAAAACCACCCAAUGUGGCAUUUUUUUUUCUGCCAUAAUUAUCUGCUAAUUAUAACCCACAAAAGAGAUACCGAAUCUCCAUCCAUCUAUUGUCAAGUACCUAUUGAGAGGGAAAAGUCAGUUACAAUCAAAUGCAAAGCGUUUAGCACCAGCAUUGCCCAGGUUUCAGGGUGAUUGCUAAUAAUAGCUAUGUUCAGAUAUAAGAUUUUAAAUGGGUACGAGGAUAGAGACUCAUCUGAUUCAAUAUUUAGAUCAUUGCCAAUGUACAAUAUGAACAAUAUGAUUUGAGCAUAAACAACUGCAUUGACAAUUCACUGUUGAACUAUCUGGACUAAAAUAUACCAUUCGAUAGGUAUACUACAAAUGACAGUGUGGGUCAAUAUAGUACAAUUUGUAGCAAUGGUUAAAAGCUUGCUAGUUUGAAGCUGAAUAUAUUAAAAAUUUGUUAACUUUUAAGCCUAGACAAGACAGAUGCAAAAAUAACAUCCAAAUUGAUACUUUUGUUGUCAGGUGAUCACUGCAUAAUACAACUCAAAAUGUUUCCAAAUCCAAGGAAUAAAAUCAUUAAAAUAUUUUUGAAUAGUCUGGGUGAUGGCUAUAGGAACAUGUUAUUCUGCAUACCUAAAUAAGACUCACUAAGCAAGUCUGAAAGUUAGCCUAGUACCACAUAUUUUAAAAUAUGUAGUGUAUAAACUGACUAAGCAUUCAAACAACAAGGAGAAAGAAAAAAAAAUUAAUUUAAAAGUUAAUUCCCAAAUCAGGAGAUCUGUUUAAAAGCAGAACGCACCUUAGGCAUUUAUCUUCAUUGUAAUGAGUGCAUCCUAUUAUUAUUUUACAUAUAUAGAUUGCUAAGAAUUGUUUUUUUGAAAGCUGACCAGAACAAUAAUUGAUUUCUAGAAGAGAAAUCCAAGGAAAGUGUACCGUGCUUCCACCAAAUAAAUGGCCUUUACAACAAUGAAUAAUAAAGGCUUGGUACACUUCAACCAAACAGGCUCUGGGUCAGAUUGCCCCUCCCAGAGAAUAAUCAUAGAUGCCCUUUUAAACCACCUUUGUCACAAAAUAGUCUUUAAACAGAUCGCGCUUGGAGCCCAAGGGAAACAGAAUGCAACAUUCAUGGUGAUGUUUGGUGCUCGUUGUGACGAAGAUACUGCUGGCCUGGUUUGCAGAGAUCACUUGGACACACAGACUCCUGUGUGGCCAAACAAGCCCAGCUUCCCCAACUGUAAACUCCAACAAACUCCGCAAAGAAGUCACAUCACCUUCACAAACCAGACUGUUGCAUGCAUAGUGAAAAGACUGGGGAAAAAGAAAACAAGCAGCAGCAAUAAGACAACAUUUCAGUUCACUUAAGACCCCUUGAGGUCUGGGAAAUAUUAAUAGACUUGAGAGAAAAUACAGUUCCACUUUUCAAUGUGCAGGGUGAUUUUUAUGGAUUUGAAACAUACGUUUGGGGCUCCUAGGGCUGGUUGCACUAACUGGGCAUUUAAUAAAAAUAAAAAAUUAAAAUAAAAAAGGUUGGUCGUAAGUGCCAAGUUAGGAAAUGGUAUGUCUGACUGAUCUCAUUUUAAAACCUGUUGCUAACAGUAUGUCGAGACACUUAAGUCCAGCGUAAACAUUGUAUAUCUAGCAUAAGUAAUACAUAUUCAUGUGCAUAAACACACAACGAAACUGACACAAACCAAGUAACCCUAGAACGUCUAAGUGAACUACGUAAACUGUGCCCUGUGCCUUAACCAGCUACAUAGCGAAUUAACAUUUCAUAAAUGAGCAAAAACAGAACAUAUAGCAACAGUGGAUUUACUGAAAACAUAUUUGGCAAAAAGUCAUCCAACAGGCGCUGGCAUUGUUCUUUCAGGAUAUUUUUCAAAUUAGAAGUUUUUAAAAGAGCAUAUACAGUACAAUAUUGUAUCAGAAUUAUGGCUAACCAGAACAAAAUAGUUACUGAAGUAAAUGUUUGCCGGUUUAAUUAGAAAUUUUGCCCCACAGGUAAUUCAUGAUGAUAAAUCUGCCACUGGUCACACGAAAAAGUUGAUGUGAAAGCUGCUCGGCAGAGAAAGGCCAGAAGUUUUGAUGCCAGAAAGCUUAUGCUGUCAUCAAGCCAAUAAUUUUCAUAAGCCAAGACAUAGUAAAUACCACUUGACUGGCAUUUACCUCUUCAAAAGGAAAAUAACGUGCCUGUUUGCAUUUAUCCACCCCUCUUACUAUCAAGAAGGCAACUGCAUACAGCAUGUCACGGACAAUCCUGCCUGGAAGCUUGGACAUUUUAGAAAUCACUUACAGAUGAUGUAGGCUGUGGACAGAUACAUGCACAUGAUCCAAUAGUGUUAAUAGUUUACACACCUCAGUCAAAAAAAAAAAGAC